UGAAAAAGACAUUAACGAACCAAUCUACCUAUCAACAAUUAGUUUUAGGUUGGAUGAACUAACAACUCAUUAUAAAAUAUAAGGAAAAUAAAUAGUAUCGUAUUAGCAGCGUUCUUUUAGUAAGGAAUCGGUAUUUAAGCUAGAAACAGUUGAAAAGCACUUUUCAGAUAAUAAAUCUAAGUCCGAAUAUAUGUUAUUUUCAAUUAAACAGAUCAUAGCUCAAUAGAGACUUGCAUUGUUAUGUAUUGCAAGUUUGCAACUCUGUUUGUGUGUGUGACAACAUUUAUAUAUAACCUAGUAUUCCCACAUAUAUUCCCAAGAGAAUGUUUUGUGUGAACUGAAUCCAUGACCUUACUACAGUCUAACUUCUUUUUUUUUUUUUUGCUAAAAAUCUUACAGUCUAACUUCAUCCACUUAUUUAUUGAUUGAUUCCAAAAUUGUUCAAUGAUGAUGUCAUUGUAUCUUAACCAUUGCGACAGACAAACGAAAAUAUGGAACGCUGAUGUGGUUUAGAUUAAAGCUUUUUUAUUUAUUUUAUUGUCACAAGGUUUAGAUUAAAGCUUAGAUUUGGUUUUUAAUUAAAGGUAGGGAGACUUUGCAAUCUAUCUUACAUUCUUACUUGUAAAGUCGAGUGAUCGUAUAAGCUACUGCAAGAGUUACUUGCCGUUAGAUCUUGAGAGGUGAACAAUCCGACGUCCCACGUUAUAAGAGUGCAAAAUACUGACAAACGACGUCGUAUCAUGUCCCACUGAUUUUCCCGACAGCCCAGGUUUUUUCAAAUCUCUCUAUAUAUCUUAUUUCGUCGUCGUCCCGUUGGAGCCAAAUCAAAUGGCAACAAAAGAGCUCACAUAAUUCUAUCUCCUACGUUAUCGAAAUUUUAAGACAUCCCACAUUGGUCGUCCGAGAUCUGUAAUAGUAUAUAUAUUAUAUAAUCCAACGCAUUUGGUACGACGUUUUGUUCUGUAAUACCGACAUCAAAUGUUUUGUUCGAAGAGCGAGAUGAUGAUUCGAUUAGGGAUCUGAAGAAGAAGAAGAGAGCACAUUGUUUUCUGUUGUGUGUGGCUGGGUUAUAUAUAAAAGAGAGAGAGAGAUGGAUUCAAUAUCGGCGGUUAGCGAAGAGCUUGCUGAGAUCGAAGGACAGAUCAAUGACCUUUUCCGUGCUUUAUCGAAUGGAUUCCAGAAGCUGGAGAAGAUCAAAGAUGCUAAUAGGCAGAGUAGGCAGCUCCAAGAACUCACUGACAAAAUGCGUGACUGCAAGAGCCUUAUUAAAGAUUUCGAUAGCGAAGUCAAAAGCUUGGAAGGCGGCGGCAACGACGCCAACACUAACCGGAUGUUGAACGACAGACGUCAAUCUAUGGUUAAGGAACUAAACUCAUAUGUUGCUCUUAAGAAGAAAUAUUCAUCCAAUUUAGCUAGCAAUAAUAAGCGAGUUGAUCUUUUUGAUGGACCAGCAGAGGACAACAUGGAAGAGAAUGUCUUAUUAGCUUCCAACAUGUCCAAUCAAGAACUUAUGAAUAAAGGAAACUCCAUGAUGGAUGACACUGAUCAAGCCAUUGAGAGAGGCAAAAAGAUUGUUCAGGAGACUAUAAAUGUGGGAACAGAUACUUCUGCAGCUCUCAAGGCUCAGACCGACCAAAUGAGUAGAGUGGUUAACGAACUCGAUUCUAUUCAUUUCUCACUCAAGAAAGCCUCCAAGCUGGUCAAGGAAAUUGGUAGGCAGGUUGCCACGGACAAAUGUAUAAUGGCAUUUCUUUGCCUUAUUGUCAUUGGUGUCAUAGCAAUCAUCAUCGUCAAGAUUGUGAACCCAAACAACAAAGACAUCCGUGACAUACCGGGCCUAGCACCACCAGCCAUGAACAGACGUCUACUCUGGAACCAUUACUGAAAACGUUUGGGCACACGCUUCUUGCCGCUGUAGAUGAAACCGCCUCACUCACUUGAGUAAAUUAACAAGUUUUUGUUCUCAUGGCUCAUGACUGGAGGAAUUAAAUGCCCUUUCGUUACAAAACAAGGAUCAAAAGCCAAUCUAUUUUUUUUGUUCAUGUGUUUGUAUAACAAAGACUCUUUUAUGUGUUAUAUCAAUGUGUAUUUUUGUAAACGUAGUCUAUGUUUCCUGUUCUGGUAAUUAUAAUUAUUUGUUCCUCUG